UGACAGUCGUCAAACAGACAGAGAUGGCUAUUACGGCGUUGCAUCCCCUUCGAGUGGCUGGGACUGAUACCCUGUCUAAGCAGGCGGUUUCAGCUCCUUGGUCUGCCCCUCCACCUGGAUGGGUGAAGGUUAACUGUGAUUGUGCUUUUUCUGCAACAAGAAAACGAGGUACGUAUGGGGCUGUGGCUAGAGAUCCUACAAGCCAGGUUAUUGCUGCUUCAUCAGGAAAGAUGUGUGUUGCCUCUGCAUUGGCAUCUGAAGCCUGGGCCAUCUGGAAGGCGUGCUAUUUGGCAUUGACUGAAGGCUGGAAGUUUGUUAUUUUUGAAAAUGACUCAAAAAGCUCUCAUUAAUUCUUUGGUGCUGGCGCCUACAAAGUGAUAUCCAGCAGGAUGUUCGUGUGGGC